ACCGCCAAAAAUGAGCACAAUAAACUACAAAAUGCACGUUUUGGCGAAAAUCAUAGCGUCGGAAAAUGAUGAGAUGAUCUCUCCAGCAAUCAAAGACUUAAAUAACUAUAAAGUAUCUAUGGAAACUCUCGAAAAACACAAUAUCCCUCUUCUCAUAACCCAAAACUGCCCUUACAACCCAUUUGCCAUGAAUCUCAAGUCAAUGAUUCUUCAGUGGAAAAAUGAGCAACUUCAAGCGGAGCAGCCAAGACUUCUCACAAAACUCGCGGAGCAUCUCGGAUCAAAUCGGCAUUGCUCUCAACUUGUGCUCCAACUCCUCAUAGGUCUUAUGAAUCUGGAAAACAUGGAACUUGUUAGAUCCUCCUGUCGAAUUCUGAGCAAGUUAGAAUUUAAGUUAGAGGAAAUUGAGCGACUUGAAAUUCUGGAAAGAGCAAUGAAAGUUCAGGAGCAAGUAGAAGAAGCCAGUGAGUUGGUGAUGAAGAUUUUGGAGCAGCUUGAGCAAGAAGAUUCCGGAAUUUUUGUGGAAGAUGAGGAGGAUGAGGGGGGUGAAAAUCCAAUUGUGAUGGAAAUUUGCAUGCUUUAUCUGGCAGAAUGUCUGAAAACGGAAGACAAUUUAAAGAUCACCAGCGCAAUCACCUUGCUCGGCACCCUUGCUCCAUCAUUAGCUUUAUACCGAAAAUACAAUAUUCAAUAUUUGAUCUACCAGCAUGGCAUCAAAUGUGCUCUCGAGCUAUGGGAUAUGCUCGAACACACGGAGCAUCUGGAAAUGGCUCAGGAGAAGCUGGAGGCCUUCAAAAAAUUUAUAACGGAAAGUUAUAACCAGUCACCGGUGACAGGUACUACGGUAGCUGUGCUCACGGAGCAUUUGAAGGAAGACGAGGAGUUUGUGGUUCGGAGCACACUGGAGUUCUUCCUGAAAAUGCCGAUUUCGUUGGAGCAAUUUGAGCAAAACCGGUCAGAAUUUGUCAUUCGCGAGCUUGAAGAAUCUGAUCUCGCAGUUCUAGUUAUCAGGAAAAUUGAAGAAUUAAGAAACAGUAAAAAAUUUGAUUUCAAAUAA